AUGGGGGGCGGAGGCUCGGAGGGCGGAGCGGACGGGGACGAGAGCUGCUGCAGCGUCGGGGACACCUCGCCCGGCACCAUCGUGUGGGUGCGCCGGCGGAACGGGUCCUGGUGGCCCGGCAGGAUCCUGGGGCAGGACGAGCUGCCGCCGUCGCAGAUCAUGUCCCCGAGGUCCGGCACGCCCGUCAAGCUCCUCGGCCGCGAGGACGCCAGCGUUGACUGGUACAACCUUGAGAAAUCAAAGCGUGUUAAAGCGUUUAGGUGUGGGGAGUUUGAUGCCUGUAUUGAGAGGGCAGAGGCUACUCAAGGGACUCUUGCAAAGAAAAGAGAGAAGUAUGCACGGAGAGAAGAUGCUAUUCUUCACGCUCUUGAAUUAGAGAGGAAACUGCUUGCCUCCAAGCAUCAGACUCAAGGUUUCAGACCGGCCUACUUUUCUGCAUGCACGAGACAUCGCCAAGACCUUGGAAGUACUCGCUACAAGAGCAAAAAGAGGAAAAGAAAAAAUGUAUCUACUCUUCCUGCAAAAGAAGACGAGCAGUAUUUUCCCCAUGUCGGUUUGAAGAUAAACUUUUCAGAGUCUAUUGCUCAGGGCACUUCUAAGAAUCUUAUCAGUAACGACAUGGGAGACUUAUCUCAUGUGAGACGUAUUCAGGGAGGAGCAAGCUUAGAGAGCAAGGAGAAAUAUACAGUUGUGAAAAAGAAUAGGUCGGAUGGAAGCGAUUUUGAUGAAUCUAUUGAAAAAUGUGACAGGCACCGACCACUUGUUCAAGUCAUGCAGAGCAGUGCGAAAUUGUUACAGCACUCACAGCACAUUGAUGAUUAUGGGUCUAUCUUAAUUGGGGGAGAUAAAGAUCCGUCGCCUGCCACCUACCGGGCUAAAAGAAGUAGAUAUGCGUACCUGCCCAGUGAUUCUGGUGAAACUCAUAGUCAUAGCGAUUUACCUUCUGCGCAAGUGGCUUCUAGAGGAGCUGAUUUUGAGACCGAAAGUUAUCUUCAGCAUCCAGAUUCUUCUUCCGAUGAGCAUACAUCUUCAGACUUUGUUGGGAAGCACGUAUCUGAGUCUUCAGAGCGGGAAUGCUCAGAAAGUGAAACAGAAGAUGAUGCUGAGCUUUUGCAAAGUGCUAAUAUGAUUCUGCCUCCAGAGUUACGUCCCCGUGAUCCUUAUUUCCUCAAGACUUCUGACAAGUUUGGACAUGUGGAUAAUGAUGAUUAUGAUGAUGAUGAUGAUGAGAUUCCCUAUUCUACUUAUAUGCAUCAAUUGAAUCAAUCAGAGGAAGAGGAUGGUUCUUCUGAACUGGGUGUCUCCCAAUGGCAUAUAAAGGGUAAACGUAAUAACCGUAAUGCAGUGAAGAGAUCGAUCCAUAUGACAUCUGGAAGUUCCUGUUUGGAUAAACCCAAUGGUCUCAGGAAAGGAUCCAUGUACAAGGCAAAUGGUACAAAUCAUAGAAAAGGUAAUGUGCAGACAUCCAAUCAGCAAUUGAUCAGGAAACACAUCAAAGAGGAGCCCAACUAUGAUUCGGAUGAAACAGAUUUAUUUGAGGGCACAAACCAUCCAGAGGUUAACUUGUAUCAUAGUCGAACAUACCCGUCUUCCUUGAAGGCUACAAGAGAUCUUAGCCGAAGCUACAUUUACUUCAAUGACUAUGAACAUGAUUCCUCCAAGAUUUCUCCUCUUAACUGGGAUACAGAUCAGAUAUUUCGUGUUGACGGGAAUGCAUAUUGGGAUGAACCUUCAUUUUACCAAAGAAGUUACAAUUCACGUCUAGGUGGCACAGGCCCAAUGUUGUUUGAUAUUGACUUGAAGGUCCAAGCCAGCUACCAUGGAGAGCAUGUUCCUCUUGUUUCCUUAAUGAGCAGACUGGAUGGCAAAGCAAUUGUUGGGCACCCUAUCCAAAUUGAGAAACUCGUAGAUGGUUCCACAGACCACCUGGUGUGUGGUGGUGAUAUUAGUAUGGAAGAGAACACUGGAGCUCCACCUUCUUGGCGUACAGGCAGGAGGACAGCUAUGCAAAGAGUUCCCCGUUCUAAUCCUUCAGGAGCAUCAACUGGCGGUGGCAAUGAAGGCGGGCUUGCAUAUCCAGACUGGGAGUUCAGGAAAUACUCGACUCCUGUAAAUUAUCAGGUUAAGGCUGACAAGGAAAGCAUGCCAAAUAAUAGGAGGUCAUCGACGUCCAAAUCUCAAAAGAAGCAAUCCAAGAACGGAAGCCUGUCAAGCCAGAAGGUCAGAACCCUCUCUUCCAUUUCCACUGGAAGAAGGCGUCAUGAAGGUGGUGGUCAGGCAAAGGCGCAUAGUCGCAGUGGCAUUUUGGGUGGCUUGAUCAAACCAGAGGGAGCAAUUCCCCUAGUUACAUGCGUCCCAGCAAAGGUUGUGUUCACUAGGAUACUGGAAGCAGUUGGCAGGCCACCUUUAACGAUUGCUCACCAUGUGAAAAUGUCUAGUCCUGCGGUGCGAGAUCUAUCAUAGGCAUCAGCUGCAAUUCUACAUAUGGUUGGCAUUGGUGUCCUGCAAGGUUCAUGUAUAUUAAUGUAAAUUGAAGAGUCAAGCUAUUCAAUCAUUUGGGUACAUCAAUUAGGAGGCAGAUUGACAUGGCUGCUCCAUGAUAACUCCGAAUAGCUGCAGUCUUCACCAGUAGUGACAAAAUGUAAAGAUUGGUGACAGUUCUAUACUUCUAACUGGAGGUUGAGAACAAUUAGGCUCUCAGCGUGGUUCUCGGUUCUCGCACAGCAGUUGAGCCAGCGACUCCACUAAGGGGGCAUUCUUUAGAAAGGCGCAACUUGCGUUGGUAACCAUGGCUUUUGGCAUUCCUGUGCCAUGUAAAGUACUAACUUCAGCAUUUUAGGAUGUCUACUUAUAUAUAAUUAUGCAUCAUCAUAUAUAGUUAAAUAGGUCA